AUGUCUUUCUCUGCGGGAGACGGUCGUCUUGACCUUAAACAACACGUCCAGGAUAUGGAAACCGACAACUGGAAAGAAGGCCAUACUCGAGUCGCGGGCCAGAAGCGCUUCAGAUCCUCACAGAAAGUCCCUAUUACAGAGCGUGCCAAACAUUUGACAUGGGCUUGGUUUACUUUUGUUAUGAGUACGGGUGGUAUCGCGCUGUUGCUGCAUUCUACGCCACACAAGUUCCGAGGGCUUGAGAUUAUCGGCAAGAUCUACUAUAUCCUCACGAUAGUGGUAUUUUUCGCUGUUGUUUCGGGCCUUGUAUUGCGGUUUGCUACCACGCCAGAUGCGCUGAAAAAGAGUCUCAUGCAUCCGACCGAAAGUCUCUUCUUCCCUUGCUCGCUACUGAGUAUUGCGACUAUCAUAUCGAAUGCUGCUGCAUAUGGCGUUCCAGAGACAGGACACUGGCUGACUACUGCCUUGAGAGUGUGUUUCUGGAUCUAUGCUGGUGUCACGAUUCUGUCAGCUAUCGUCCAAUAUUUCGUCCUUUUUACCGGAGCCCACCUACCCAUCCAUUCCAUGACACCAGCUUGGAUCCUACCGGUCUUUCCGGCUAUGCUUACGGGAACGCUCGCUUCAUCACUCAUGUCUUCACAAAGCCCAGAGCAUAGAAUGGCGAUGCUGGUAGCCGGUGUAACCUUUCAAGGUCUUGGCUGGACUGUUGCGUUUCUCUUAUACCCACUGUACCUUGGCAGAUUGAUGCAGGAUGGUCUUCCAGCACCAGCUAUGCGACCUGGUAUGUUCAUCGCCGUAGGCCCAGCUGGAUAUACCUCCGUGGCCAUCAUCGGCAUGUCGAAAGCAAUUCCGGAGGGCUAUGGCUAUUUCGCAACAUACCCACUGGCACAAGAUGUCCUUCGAAUAUUGGCGCUCUGGAUCGGUAUAUGGAUAUGGUGUGUUGGAUUCUGGUUCUUCGGGUUUGGUGUCCUUGCGGUGCUAUCAUCAGUUUAUAAACGCAAGUUGCAGUUCAGUAUGAGUUGGUGGGCUUUUGUCUUCCCUAAUAUCGGCUUUACUAUUGCUACGGGGAAUAUCGGACAGGAGCUUGAGAGCGAGGGGAUACAAUGGGUGUCAAGUGUUUUGACAGUUUGUUUGGUGAUUAUGUGGUUUGUAGUGCUAUAUGCGAUGGUAUCUGCAGUUAUUCGCAAGAAGCUACUCUGGCCAGGACGAGAUGGAGAUGAGUCUUGA